AAAUCGAUCUGAACACUUUUGUACUGCCAUGGCAAACACGAACAGCCCCAAGCCAGGGCCUUCCCGUUUCCUCGAGCUUCCUGCAGAGCUACGUAACCGCAUCUACGAGUUCGCGGUGCACGCGAAUUCAUGGUCAUAAUGUACGAUACUUACACGCAAUGCGCCCAUCAGUCUCCUCUGGGAGUGCUGCGAAACCGAGCCAGGGAGACUGAGAUAUAACAUGGCUCUGAUGCAGGUCUGUCGUCAGAUCCGUAGCGAGUUCAAACCCAUGUUCAUGGGACGCUGGCGACGUGAAACGGUGAAGAUCUGCGCGACUGAGCUGAGCGAAUACAUUGAGACUUUCUACGACGAGCAAGAAAAGCUUCAGGGAUGCCCUGGAUACAUCGAUUUUUACUUGGACGAAGAAUCACACGCUUCAGAUGUCCAAAGCUUUUGGGAAUUCGACUUCACAUCGGCUCUUCAAAUGAUCUGUAGGAAUCCGGAGUUCAAACUUAAUCCUUGCAAAAUCGGGUACGACUGGAUUGGGUCACAAACCUGUUACGCGAUGAAGGCAUUCAUGGAAUUUUGUAAAGCGGAUACACGAGAUUGUUUGGUAAACGGUAGUGUCAAAACCGUUACCAUCGACUGGAGUGGCAGACUUAUAUACGACUUUCCUCUGAUCAAGGUUGAAAUGUUGCAGGAGGACUUAUCUCGCUUGCAAAACGAGUUUGCGACAUUCUUGUUGAAUCAUGAGGAGCACAGAACAUCUGUCUCCCCAGAAACCCUCCUUCUCAUCGCGGUUCCAACAUGAAGUUUAUGAAAAAUGAAGAGUUUGAGGCGCAUCAGUUGUUCCAAGCUGAACCUAUUCUUAGUUAGCUUUUCAUACUGCCGAGAACGACGCCGAAAACAGCGGGAUAUGCACAUAGGACGCCAUGGUUCGUAGAUGGAACCUCCAUAUUCGAACUCAGAGUCGCAUGUCGGUGAGGUCUAAAACUCUGCCACAGAACGGAAUCGCAGCGAAG